AUGGCACAAAACACAAAUCAACAAACGCAACCACUGCAUCCGCCAUCCACUACUCGUUCACGACCACGGUUGGUCUCUGAGCCGCCGGGUAUUGGCAGCAACCUAAGCGCAGCUGAACGUUAUAUUCGAGAACAGGCUGAAAAGGCAGGCGUGAACAAUUGCUCAUCCGACACGCGCUCCACUGUAAGCAGUACAACUAGUGUAACUCAUAAUCAACUCAUGGGUGACUGGCGAGAAACGGAAAUUAAUAAAAGGCACAUGAAUGAGCCAUUUCGGUACAAAUACGGCACCCCGCCCCGAUCACUGAAUCAAGGAACAAGCAGUCAGCCGUCGUCAACUUCACUUUUUCGACAUAAAAGCAAAAAAUGA